UCUGCGCACAGUGACGCUGCGCUAAAGGCUGGAUCUAGCCUUGGCUUCAUCAUCAUAUUUAACACACCCACCCAGAUUCACACAUGCUACAAGAGGUGCAUUCUCCUAUCCCGCUUUACUCCUAGAGGUUUGCCUGGCUGGCCCUGCGGGAGGGUCUCCUCUGUCUCCUGUUACCUGUGCAGCGUAUUCUCUCCUCGGGUGAUUAUCGAUGUGACAGAAACUACCUGGAUCGACGAGGUGGAUGACAGCACACGCUACUUUUUCCGGGGACUUUCCCGAAAAGCUUUUAAAAUGUGAAGCGCUUGCACUACCCGUACAUUUCCCCCCACACCGCUGAUCUUCCCCGCACAGGAUCGAGGUUGGACCGAUGCGCGCACUCGAACCUCUUCUUGGACACGCACGGAUCGUUUCUCCCAGCUGCUUUUGGAUCCUACUCACUACUUAUCCGCUACUCGGUAUUUCUUCUGAAAUUAUUUGGUGAUCGUCAGGAACGGGGAGAGAGCAGCGUGAAGAGGAUGUGGCUUGCGCAAAUCGACCGUUGGUCUGAACCGACUCAACGUGUUUUACCUGGACGCUUGCGGAUGAUUUUGCGCUUCUGAAAUCUGGACCCCCGCGCGCCUAAAGCAGGACUCUGAUGUUGAAUACACAAAGGCUGAACACUGAAUCCUUUACUCAAGACGGCAAGUGAAGAUGGGUCCUACGUGUUUAAUGUAUAUUUCAUUAGAUUGGCUUCCAGUCUAAUAAACAUCAUCAGCGAUGUAGUCAGCUUGUUCAUCUGCGUGCUGAUCAUUUGCAGUAAAUACUCACAUCUGCUCAAAAGGGAGACCAUGAAGAUGAUCCUCCUGCGCAAAUUCCGGGUUUUGAUCCUCAUGGUGUUCCUCAUCGCAUGCUCGAUGCACAUAAUGAUAGACUUGUUACCAAAGCUGGAGAGGCACGGCAACAGCGGCUGCUCGUGCUCCCACACGCCGAGCGAGGAGCCUCAGAGCUGGGGGAAGCAGGGCUGGCCUAACAAGCACACGCUGCGGAUCCUCCAGGACUUCAGCAACGAGCCCAGCUCCAAUGUUUCCUCCCACUCCCUGGAAAGGAUCCCGGUUACAGGCGACAAAACACAGGCUCUCAGGAGGCUGGAGCAUCUCGGGCAGCGUGGAGACAGGAAGAGACAAUUCAUCCAGGACGCCACAGUGACCAAAAACAUGCCGGCUAAGGGUUCAAGGUUGUCAGCUCUGUAUGACCACCCGUUAUAUAAAAGAAUCCUGCCACCUCUGACAGAUGAGGACACGCUGUUCAACGUUAACACGGACAUCAGAUUUGACCCAAAAGCUGCAGAGGAUCAGGCAUGGAAUACUGAAGCCAACAUGGAAGAGUUCAGCCCAACAGGGGAGCUGACAGCAGAUUCCUACCCCAACUGGCUGCGCUUCCACAUUGGGAUUAAUCGAUACGAGCUGUACUCCAGACACAACCCGGUCAUUGACGCUCUCCUGAAGGACCUGGUCACCCAGAGGAUCACCAGCGUCGCAAUGAAGUCUGGGGGCACUCAGCUCAAGCUCAUCAUGACUUUCCAGAACUACGGCCAGGCUCUCUUUAAACCCAUGAAGCAGACCAGAGAGCAGGAGACCCCUCCAGACUUCUUCUAUUUCUCUGACUUUGAAAGACACAACGCAGAGAUCGCUGCCUUUCAUCUUGACAAGAUCCUGGACUUCCGUCGUGUCCCUCCUGUGGCUGGCAGACUUGUCAACAUGACGAAAGAGAUCCGGGAUGUCACACGAGACAAAAAGCUCUGGAGGACGUUCUUCAUUUCACCAGCCAACAACGUGUGUUUCUACGGAGAGUGUUCCUACUACUGCUCCACGGAGCACGCUCUGUGCGGCAAACCGGACCAGAUAGAAGGAUCCCUGGCCGCCUUCCUGCCAGACCUGGCGCUCGCAAAACGCAAGACCUGGAGGAACCCGUGGAGGCGCUCGUACCACAAACGCAAGAAGGCAGAAUGGGAGGUGGACCCAGACUACUGCGAGGAAGUCAAACAGACUCCCCCCUACGACAGUGGGACACGACUGCUGGACAUCAUGGACAUGACUGUCUUUGACUUCCUCAUGGGAAACAUGGAUCGCCACCAUUAUGAGACGUUCGAGAAGUUUGGAAAUGAGACUUUUAUCAUCCAUCUGGACAACGGCAGAGGCUUUGGAAAGCACUCCCAUGAUGAGAUAUCUAUCCUGGUUCCGCUGACUCAGUGCUGCAGGAUAAGGAAGUCGACCCACUUGCGCCUGCAGCUGCUGGCUAAGGAAGAAUACAAGCUGUCCAUGCUCAUGGCAGAAUCCCUGGUGAGGGACCGCCUCAGUCCCAUCCUCAUCCAGCCACACCUGGACGCCAUGGACCGGCGACUACGCCAGGUGCUGAAUGUGCUGUCAGAGUGCAUUGAAAAGGAGGGCUACAGUUACGUUGUAGAGGAAGACCUCCAGGGCCACCAAGGGACAGACCACGCCCACACUGGCCCACGACGGAGGUAGCUGUCCGGGGGCGCGGCCAGCUGGAUUAGACUGACCUCUGGAGAUAGGAGAUCGAGUCUUUCUCUUCAAACUGAACUCCUGUAACGCAGAUGAGCUCCAUCUGUACUGAAUUUCUCAGAGGGCUCGAUUUUUUUUGCUGAAAACUUCCAGGGAAGCUCAUCAGCCUGAGGUGAAUAUAAGCUGUGUGGAAGUGGAAGCCUGCUGGAUAGGACUGGACUUUAACAAGCGCGAUGAUUUGAACUGCAGGUGACGUCAAAGACUUGUGGAUGGAUCUGGAGCCGGGUCACAAACUAAACCGAACCACCCCCACAUCACCUAGACUCCUUAAAAUAUCCAACCUUGACUGUAGUGUAGGAUAGUGACACCGCACCGACCCACCACAGCACUACCAAACCAUGAAAGUCUUGCAAGAGACGCCUUCUCUGUCUUGUUCAGGACCCUUCUUUUGAAUUCAGUGAAUUCUGAGGGACUUGUAAAGAACCUCCUGACGCCCCCCUCCCCUCUCUUCACAAGCUGAAUUCUGUGUUUAUACGUAUUGUUGGUAUUGCAAGUGUUUCGGUUGAACUUUCAUGGUGGAGGAGGAAGUGGAGAUUGACUUCCUGUUGUCUUAAUGAUCAAAAUGAUGUUGUAUUAAUUUGAUGAAAAAUGUAUGGAAGCCCUGGGAGGCAAGUGAGAAAAAAAAAUCUGGUGAUCCAUUUUCUAAGUCUGUUCUUAAUAGUUUUUUUCUGUUUAUGACCUAAGAACAGGUGAAAGUGAGGUGAGUUCAGAAAAACAAAAACAAAAAAUUCUGUUAUGAACCCAAACUAAACAGAUUUUGCUGGAUUUUUAUUGCAAUAACAAUAUCGAAAGGAUGCCAACAUAACAAAUAGAUAUGUAAAACUUUUUAUUCUUGCUUUGUCAGGGGUGUCUGCAAAAUGACAAGUAAAAAAAUGUUAUAGCUGUUUCCACAGAUGAAGUAACCUGGGAAAAAAAACCUGACAAAAAAAAAAAAAAAUCUGCCAAAACUUUUAUUCACCCAUUGUCACACCUGAAAAUAGUAACUGAAAAUGUUCCUAGCGAAAAUAAAUUCACACCUGUUUUCACAGAUUUCCCAAAACUGAUUCAGGCAAAGUUUUUUUUUCAAGAUUGAAAAUAAAACUUAGAAAAUGUAUUCUGGUAAAAACUUUUUUCCACCUGUUCUUAAUUAAUUAACAUAGGACAAAAAACAAUUUAGAUCUGUUUCAGAAAAAAAUGGAUCAGCAUAUUUUUUUUCUCUCUUGCCUUUCAGGGCUUCCGUAAAAAUGUUUUAUUGCAAAGUGUCUUUUUUUAAUUGAUUCCUGCUGAACUGUUUCAGCUUCUAUCAUUGGUAUUCAAGAUGGAAAUAUUUGAUUGGAGUGCAGGUUUACUCCUGGAUUUGUCCUUUUAAUUUUGCCCAUAAAUGUUACUUGUACUUGAGAGAGUAUUUAUUAAAAAUCAUAUUUAUUAUUUGAAAUGAACACUAAUUUCCAUCACAGUGGUGUACUUCCUCAUUUGUCCAAAAGAGGGCAAACUGAGCAUGUGCAAAAAGUAGCUGCCAGGUCCGUGCCUCUCAGUAACCCUCUCCACGUUUCACCCAUUCAUAGUAUGACGUUGGUUUGAAGCCACCACAAGUAUUGGUUACAUUUUAAUGCGUUUACAACUACUGUUUCUGUUUUAUUCUUUCAGAGGUUAGAGUUAUGGUACCAAAAGCCAAAUGUGACACUUAUAGUUUUAUAUUAUUGUUUCUUUGUAAUAUAUUUGAUGUCCAGAUGUUGCUGUUGUGGAGAGAUUAUUUUUCAGGAUGUAUAUUUCAUUCAUUACCAACAGCUGAUAGCUUUUGGUGUCGACGAUUCAGUCGCUGGCUGAAAGUUAAUAUAUACAGUAGGAAAUUCUAGUGCCUGUGCAAUGAUAGAAAUACUUGAAUGUCUGGUUUCAUAGCAGAAAGGUUUCAACUCCUCCCGGGUACGAGCUCUAGGUAAGUUACGGAGGUCUACAUAUAUGUGUGUGUGCUGGCUCCAUCUGUUCCAUACGGUUUUAUUCUACAGUUUCCAUAGUCCUGUGUCAGGUCAGUACGGUGUGUAUGGACGUGUGGGUGGAUCCAUGGAGAACCUUAAGAUGACGUGUUCUUAACGUGAAAAUGCUUCUUUUUUUAUUCAACUCAUUGUUUCUGUGGAUUUUCUUUUUCAUU